CCCUUCUGUCGCCAAACCCGUUAUCCGACACCGUUAACGCGAAUACAUAGCCAAGAUGUCUUCCAAGAGAGGUCGUGGUGUUGCCGGCAACAAGCUGAAGAUGACGCUCGGUCUGCCUUGCGGCGCCGUCCUCAACUGCUGCGACAACUCAGGUGCCCGUAACCUCUACAUCAUCUCCGUCAAGGGCAUUGGUGCGCGUCUGAACCGUCUCCCCGCCGCCGGUGUCGGUGACAUGGUCAUGGCCACCGUCAAGAAGGGAAAGCCCGAGCUUCGUAAGAAGGUUAUGCCCGCUGUCGUUGUCCGCCAGAGCAAGCCCUGGCGCCGACCUGACGGCAUCUACCUCUACUUCGAGGACAAUGCCGGUGUUAUCGUCAAUGCCAAGGGUGAAAUGAAGGGUUCCGCUAUUACCGGCCCCGUCGGUAAGGAGGCUGCUGAGCUUUGGCCUCGUAUUGCCUCCAACUCCGGUGUUGUCAUGUAAACGGGUUACAGCGGGGAAAUGGGAUGUAUUAGAACGAAAUACCAGCGGGCUCUUUUUAAAAUGAAAAAGAUUUUGAUACUCUCUCCAUCCUGCUCUCUAUUUCCUGGCCUGUUGAUGCGUUUAUGAUCCUACGCGGCAUCGCCUUGAAUACAUUUUCCAUAUGGCCAUUCGACCUAACAAUCGAAUGACGGAAUAUUGAGAGAAUUUCCGAAUGGUGCCCAUCACACCUGCUUAUUGCAUUUGUUCGGCGUCAUUGUCAAGACGUGGGAACACUGUUGUCUACGGAUCCAUAUGCCUGUAGUUAUUUACGGUAGUUAAGCCAAGAUGCCGAAACGUAUCAUUUAUUUAAUCA